AUGAACAUCCGGAACCCCUACUUCAUCGUGUUAGUUGCACUUGCGACGAUACUAUUCCUUCACUUUUACUUCCAUGGCGAAGUUCUGCACCAUAAGAUAUCAUUUGAGAAUCUAUUUAAAAGGGCCUUGAAAUUCAACCAAAGCAGGCUACCAGAUGUUCGAAUCAAAAUGGUGACUGAACAACUGAGUACCCUUCCGAGUGAUUAUGGUUCGCUGAGUAGACAGAGUGUCAGAAUUGUUCGGGAGCUCCGCCGUCUGAUCAAGAACCCGACGUUGAAGUUGGAGGAUGUGCAUUCUCUACACGAUCUGGCGACCCUAAUGUUGGAAACAAGGCUGGAUUUGAUGGACAAAAUCAGCGGUCAGUCUGAGUCUCGGCGCCAUCGUUUAUUAAAUCUCAGCUAUCGUCUGCACGACCAGCUGCAACGCUUGCAAAAUCCCCCGAAUUGUGACACAGCACAGUUCAUUACUACUACUUUCCCAAACUAUUGUGGAUUUGGAUGUCACGCCCAUCAUAUGUCCUAUGUCCUCUCUGUGGGCCUUGCCCUUAACCGUACGCUUUUUAUUGUCGGUGACACAUGGAAGGAUGUAUUCCUACCUAUCACCCCUUGUCCCAACCCCCUCUUAAGACACAAUCUAACGAACGGACAGACUAUAAGCUGGGGUAUGUCCAGAGAUGUCAAGUCCCGUUUCAAUCCACCGACACUGACUCCGGAAUGGGCUUCUGCAUUGGAAGGUCUGCAUGGUAACCCCUUUGCAUGGUUCCGGGGCCAGCUUCUGGCUUUUAUACUCCGUAUCAAGGACGAAGCAAUUAAGUGGCGCCUUGAGGCCCAAAUCAGCGAAAUGCGGUGCGAAAUGCCGUCCGGAUUGUUUGCCUGCCCAGUUGCUGGAAUUCAUGUACGUCGUACGGAUAAAAUACAAUAUAAGGAAGCUGAAUUCCACAAUCUGUCUGAGUACAUGCCCCAGGUUGAGCGGUUUUUCCAGCGAAAGCUGAUGGAGUAUCAGUUGAAAACGGGAAGUAAUAUGUUGCCCGAAUGGACUAAACGGAAGAGAGUGUUUCUGGCUUCAGAUGACCCAUCAGUCUUUGAGGAGGCCAGGCGGUCAUAUCUAGACUACGAGUUUAUUGGUGACAACAAACGCGCCACAUCCGCUUAUGAUCAUUCAGUCCGUGCCACACUUGGAAUUUACACAGACUUUCGCAUGCUGGCCAGCACUGACUUUCUAUCCUGCACCAUGUCUUCCAAUAUUUGCAGAAUGGCGUACGAGUAUAUGCUGGCUGAUAACCGGAGGAAUAGUGAUUCGACUUUGCAAGCGGAGUCAGUAGACGUGAUGUAUUUCAAUGUUGGAGAACGGAAACGGUGGUGGCGAGCGCUUGUAGACUACCGUCCCUGGAACAUAUCUCGUAAUGAUCGAGUCUCUCCCAUUGCAAAAAAGGAAGCCAAUUUUUUGAAAGCUGACAGGAGACAAAAUGGCCCGACUACUGACUCAUACCCUUCGACUUUUCUUUUUGAAGAAGAAGUACUCCGUAUCCCAGACCAUGAUUAA